AUUCCAAGUUGGCCAAGUUUUAAUGUUCGUUUAUUUUUAUUUUUAAAUAGAUAAUUUGGUAUAAAAAUAAAACAAAAUGUCAAUGCGAGCAUUCGGGGUUCUUGGUCAAGCUCGCAACGUGUGUCGUCUUGGAGUAACUCUUAGAUAUCGAGGAGCGUCAGCCUUAAGUCUUGCCUUACGAAAUCAGCAUGGGCCGGCAGCAAUUUCUGUUUUUCCCGCUCGUAGAUUCGCCACGGAUCCAAAGGCGCAAACACCAGUUGAAGGAACCGUAGAUAAGCAUGAAUUUCAGGCGGAAACACGUCAAUUGCUGGACAUUGUGGCUCGAUCGCUCUACUCUGAUCAUGAGGUCUUUGUGCGUGAACUAAUCUCAAAUGCCAGCGAUGCCUUGGAGAAAUUUCGUUACACGGCUCUGAGCACAGCCGAAUCGGAACUAUCUGGCAAGGAUCGUGCUUUGGAGAUUCGAAUCACAACGGAUAAACCGCAAAUGCAGCUAAUCAUUCAGGAUACGGGCAUUGGUAUGACCAGGGAAGAAUUAAUUAGCAAUUUGGGCACAAUUGCCCGCAGUGGCUCAAAACAAUUUCUGGAGAAGAUGAAACACGAACAGCAGGCUGCCGAGGCUUCAUCGAAUAUUAUUGGCCAAUUUGGUGUUGGCUUCUAUUCGGCCUUCAUUGUGGCGAAUCGUGUUGAAGUUUACACCAGAGCCGCCACACCAAAUGCUCCGGGAUUACGCUGGUCAACUGAUGGCAGUGGUAGCUAUGAGAUUGAGGAAGUAAAGGACGUUGAUUUCGGCACCAAAAUCGUAUUACACUUGAAGACCGAUUGCCGCGAAUACUCAGAUGAGGAUCGCAUUAAAUCGGUUAUCAAGAAAUAUUCGAAUUUUGUGGGCUCACCCAUUCUCUUGAAUGGCAAACAGGCCAAUGAAAUUAAACCAUUGUGGCUGCUGGAUCCGCAGUCUAUAACUAAAGACCAGCAUCAGGAUUUCUAUCGUUUUAUAAGCAAUAGCUUCGAUUUGCCACGCUUCACAUUGCACUAUAAUGCUGAUGUGCCAUUGAGUAUUCAUGCGAUUCUCUAUUUCCCGGAGGGUAAACCUGGUCUCUUUGAAAUGUCACGUGAUGGCAACACAGGAGUAGCUUUGUAUACCCGCAAGGUUCUUAUCCAGUCCAAGACCGAGCAUCUGCUGCCCAAAUGGUUACGAUUUGUGAAGGGCGUGGUCGACUCUGAGGACAUUCCUCUAAAUCUUAGUCGUGAAUUGUUACAGAAUAGUGCACUUAUACGUAAACUUUCCAGUGUUAUAACCACUCGGGUUAUUCGCUUCCUUCAGGAGCGUGCCAAGAAACAACCGGAGGAAUAUGAAGCCUUCUAUAGGGAUUAUGGUCUGUUCCUUAAGGAGGGCAUUGUCACCUCCAAUGAUAAUGCCGAAAAGGAGGAAAUUGCCAAACUUUUGCGUUUCGAUUCAUCAAAAUCAACGGAAGCGGAUGGCACGAGUGCUCAUCGCAUGUCUCUGGAGGAGUAUUCCAAAAUUGUUGGACCGGAACAGAAAAAUAUCUACUAUCUUGCUGCCCCCAAUCGCGUAUUAGCCGAAUCAUCUCCCUACUAUGAGAGUUUAAAGAAACGCAAUGAGCUUGUCCUCUUCUGCUAUGAGGCAUACGAUGAAUUGGUCCUAAUGCAAUUGGGUAAAUUCAAGAACAAGAACCUAGUGUCCGUGGAAAAAGAGAUGCGUGAAGACUCCAAAGAUACAGCCUCUCUCUCAGAUCUUGGCGAGGGCAGUCUGGCACGUUCCGAGCUGGACACACUGAUACCGUAUCUGCAAGAUGAACUCAAGGGUCAGGUAGUUAAGGUCAAAACCACCACGCGACUAGAUUCGCAUCCAUGUGUCAUCACUGUGGAGGAAAUGGCCGCAGCACGCCAUUUCAUACGCACUCAGAGUCAUCAAGUGCCCGAAGAGAAUCGAUUUGCCUUGCUCCAGCCGGAACUGGAAAUCAAUCCAAAGCAUCCCAUCAUUAAGAAGUUAAAUUCAUUGCGUGUCAGCGAUCCAGAGUUGGCCCAGCUAAUAACCAAACAGCUUUUCGCCAAUGCCAUGGUCGGUGCUGGCCUCGCCGAAGAUCCCCGCAUGCUGUUGACCAACAUGAACAAUUUGUUGACAAAGGCCUUAGAGAAAUACUAAUACAAAAAUCACAAAAUCUUAAUUGUAAUAAUGCCAAGAAACUGAACUAUUAAUUAAUAUUGUUUUUUAAGUUGUUAAUGCUAUGUAUAAAUGUAAAUGAACUUACCAGAGCUCGUGUGAAAUAUUCUAGGAAUAAAACACUCCAUGAAAAACUA